AUGUCAAAAUCAUUGGAUAUGGCUGAUCAAGCAAUCGACCAUCUAUUGAAUGUUCUAAAUUCAAGGAAAACCCCAUUAAGCCCUACCAUAUCGAAUAAUCUGGUUUACUACAUCCCAAGAGUGAAAUCUGCACCAAAACUAACCAGAUUGAUCAAUGCUACUUUCCAAGAGACCAAUAGACCAGAUUCUGAUUUUAUCGAGCUGUUCGAGAUGGCACAAGCGAUAGCGCAAUGGAAACUGCAGAUAAGUGAGCCCAUCAUCCCGCCUGCACAAUUUUUCAAAAUAUGGGACUCUUGCUUUGUUACGUGUCAGUUGUGGACAGGGCCCAAGCUAGCUAUACUUGCCGGGAUUUUGAGUACAAGAGACAGCUUUAUAUCUAUCCAGUCCGACAAUUUCAUAGAUGAAACAGGACAUAUCGGUAAGUUAUAUGACAAAUGGGAACAGUCAAUAUUCAUACCAACAUGGUGUGCCCUCCUGAAGAACUUCAAGAAGGAUCCAGGGGAAUUGAUUCUGCUUUAUUCUGCAAUAAGCAAACCUUCUGAUGGAGCCAAGUAUUUGUACCUGCCCUGGGAUCUGAUAACGCUGUACCUUUCACACAUGUUUUCGGACUUCAUGGUAGAUCAGGCUCAUUGCCCACAGUUUUUUGCCAAACAUUUGAGUCAAAUGGCCAAAACGUUGCAAACAUCUUUGGCUAACGGUAGCAUUACAAGUGUCAAUAAUUUCUUGACCCAAGUAUGCAGAAGUUCCUACAAUAUGAAUUUUAAAGAGCUCAAUUCCCUUACGGCAGACAAGGAUUAUGCGAGCAAACACUACUCGGGAAUUUUAUUCACGAUUGUGAUAUCCAUUAACUCAAUCUUGCAGACUGUUCCGGAAAUACCAAUAAUAUGGUACUCACAGGUACUCAUGACGCUGCUGAAUAUCAAUUUCAUAGCAACAGAUGUUGGGGUUGUGGGAUUUGAUUCAUAUGAAAGCGUAUAUGAAAUACUCUGCUCUGGAAUCACCAUGACUGUCAAGCCCGAUACUUAUUAUUCUGUCGCGAGAACCAUGAGGGAUAACGUUUGGGUAAAUCAAAGUUAUCAAAACAAGGUUAACAAAUCCAAGCUUCUGUUCCUACUAAAUUUCCUGGGGUCAACUCUCUGCCAUGUUUCAAUGAUUUCAUCUAAUUUCAUUAGUACUUUUAUUGAACCUCUUAAAAAGACAUACGUGACUUCUGCUGAAGAAGAGAUUAGGGAAUCAGUACAUAUAAUGAUGUUAUCGCUCUUCACCAACAAUAGUUCUGCUAACAACUUGUUGCAUUGGCAGGCCCGCCACUACCUCGAUCACAUCGAGCUCUCCACAGACCAAUUCAUGUUAGGUAAUAUAUCAGAGAAGCAAUUAACUAUGAUCUACCAAGAGAUGUCGUCUAGACUACCAUCCUUACAGACCAUAGACAGACAUUUGGCAAGAGAAGUUCUUCACCGAACGUACUUAAGAAUUCUCAACUGUUCGUCAGGUGAAAGAACAAAGCAAGCAGUGCUUCUCAAAUGUAUCGUUUACCAGUUGGCAUAUUUGAGCGAAAACCAUUUCGUUGGCUGGCUAGAUACAGUUCAAGAAUUACUGUCAUCGAUUCCUUUCAGCAAAGAAGAAUGCGACGACAUCCUGACUACUUUAUGGAACUUUUUAUCGCAUAGGAGGUCUGAUACUGCAUUAAAGUGGUGGUAUGGACACUUGGACACACUACGUAGUAGAUUAUAG